CUAUUGAGAAACAGGAUGAAUCACGUAUGACUGAAGUUUCUCGCAUGAGUUAGCUGAAGUUGUGUAUGCUGUUACCUGAUGACCAAGCAUAAUAGAAUGCAGUUAACUACUUUUCUAAUCAGAAGUAUUUUUGAGCUUUUAUUUCUGUUGACAAUCCUGUGGUUUUAAGUACGGUUAAGCUUCAAAUUUCAACAUUAACCUGAUCGUCGCCGUAAGUAACGUAACACAAUGAAGUAAGCUAGCUAAUUACUGUAACUAACGAUAGCUCGUGUAGCUAGCUAACAGGUUUCGGGGAUAUUUGUGUUAAUUCAACAUUUUAUUGGCAAAAUGCGUGUAGUGGCUAUAACAUCUUGAUAAUUCACAAGAUAACCAAGGAUUACAUUAAUGUUGUUUACAACCCCCUUUACAUCGACGUGGGGCUUCUUACUGUCUUAGUUUGACAUAACUUACUUGAUUAACUUACAUUAGAUAGCUAUCGCUAGCUAUGAUUUUGAAUUGACGUUAGCAUAUCGUUAUCCAAACAGCGGUGUUGGACGGUGUCAAGCUGUCAUUCUCGUUGUUAAGUUUACUUAUGCAUAGUGAGAUCAUGACUUCACUUUAAUACUAUCAGCUGACCUAUGUGAAAUAAUAUUGCAUUGGCUACGUAGUUAGACAAUGUUGCAACAGAAACUGCAUUUAUUUGAGGACCGGGUAACACAGGCUUUUGUACAAUUAUGUGACUAGGACGUUUUACAAAUCAUGUAACGUUAACGUUAAUUGGUCAACGUCACUAACUUUAGCUAAUUAUCCAGACAAAUCAAGGGCAUAUUCAGCAGUUCAGUUCCAGCAGUUUGAGUGCGGUCACUAUAUGCGACUUGGUUGACAUCCCAGACGUAUGGCAUGAAGUAGGAAGCUUUAAAAGAGACAGCGUUUUUCUUACUACGAGAGACUGCUAUAACCGAGUAACGUUAGAUGGCAGCAUCAAGAGGCUUAUGAAUGUGAUGCUGAAGAACAAUGAGACUUGCAACAGUCAAAAUGUUCUGCAUGGAGCCAAUUUCCACCUAGCACCUAGUCGCCGUCAGUCUCCGAAAAUGAGUCGAGGGGUAGCUAUCAACGGGUUCAGCUAACAUCUUUCCUUGCAGAUGUCGUUUUAAGAAGUUCAGUUACGCCAUAACUGAAUUAUUACUAAGUAACCACAGUAUAGACAUAGACCCAGUCAGCUCUGUGCUUAUGGCGGAGUUUACGGAAAACGGCGGGUUAACCUCAUCGGCUCUUGGGGAGAAGGCUACCGUACCCAGUGAUGAAACAGACGGGAAAGGGCAGUGCGAAGUAUCGGUCUCAAAUGGGGAAUGUGGGUUGCCGUCAGACAUGGUCGCUUCUGCCAUACCUGACAGCGAAGGGCUGGAAACGGCAAACACCUCUAUGUUGGAUGCCAAAUCUGGAAUACCUAGACGUACCAGUAUUAUCAAGGAUGGCUCAAGGCAGCGGAAGGAAAGGAAGAAAACUGUUUCAUUCAGCAGCAUGCCAACAGAGAAGAAGAUCAGCAGUGCCAGCGACUGCAUCAAUGCCAUGGUGGAAGGGUCCGAGUUGAGGAAGGUGCGGUCCAACUCCCGUGUGUACCACCGGUACUUCCUCCUGGAUGCCGACAUGCAGUCCCUCCGAUGGGAGCCUUCCAAGAAGGAGUCUGACAAGGCCAAGAUCGACAUCAAAUCUAUCAGAGAGGUGCGAACUGGCAAGAACACGGACACCUUCAGAACCAAUGGUGUUUCUGAUCAGAUAUCAGAGGAUUGUGCAUUCUCGAUAAUCUGUGGAGAGAACUAUGAAUCCCUGGACUUGGUAGCGAAUUCUGCAGAUGUGGCCAAUAUUUGGGUAACUGGACUCAGGUAUCUGAUAUCAUAUGGGAAACACACAUUAAACAUGAUUGAAAGCAGCCAGAACAACUUGCGAACAUCCUGGCUUAGUGAACUCUUUGAGGAAGCUGAUGUCAAUGGUAGCAAACACCUUAGUUUAUGUACUGCUGUGCAGCUGAUCAAAAACUUAAACCCUGGACUCAAAAACGUGAAGAUUGAGCUGAAGUUCAAAGAAUUGCACAAGUUAAAAGAAAAGACUGGAUGUGAUGUGAGUCUGGAAGAGUUCACUGAGGUCUUCCAUGACCUUUGCACGAGACCAGAAAUUUACUUUUUGCUCGUCCAAUUCUCUAGUAACAAGGAAUUCCUUGAUACUAAAGAUUUAAUGAUAUUUUUGGAGGCAGAGCAAGGCAUGGCCCAAGUCAGCGAGGACACCAGUCUGGAGGUCAUUCAGAAGUACGAACCUUCCAAAGAGGGCCAACAGAAAGGCUGGCUCUCCCUUGAUGGAUUCACCAAUUACCUCAUGUCGCCUGACUGCCACAUUUUUGAACCAGAACAAAAGACAGUUUGCCAAGAUAUGACCCAGCCACUGUCCCACUACUACAUCAAUGCAUCCCACAAUACCUACCUGAUUGAGGAUCAAUUCAGGGGACCUUCUGACAUCACAGGAUAUAUCCGUGCUCUGAAGAUGGGUUGCCGUAGUGUAGAGCUGGAUGUUUGGGAUGGGCCAGACAAUGAGCCGGUCAUUUAUACAGGACAUACAAUGACCUCACAGAUCGUCUUCCGCAGUGUCAUAGACAUCAUUAACAAAUACGCAUUUGUUGCUUCUGAGUACCCUCUGAUAGUCUGUUUGGAAAACCACUGUUCCUUAAAGCAGCAGAGGGUCAUGUUUCAACACCUCAAAAAAAUAUUGGGGGAUAAACUCUACACAGGUACCCCCAAACCAGAGGACAGUUACCUACCCUCUCCCUCAGCUUUGAAGGGCAGAAUUCUUCUGAAGGGUAAGAAGUUGCCCCCUUCAUGCACAAGUUCAGAGGGUGAAGUGACUGACGAGGAUGAAGGGGCUGAGAUGUCUCAGAGGAUGAACAUUGAUAGUGGUGAGCAGCAAACAGUCGCCUUGCCCAAGAAACUCCAGCUCUCCAAAGACCUCUCAGACCUGGUGACUCUGUGCAAAUCCAUUGAGUUCAAAGACUUCCCAAUGGCAUUUCAGAACCAGAAGCACUGGGAACUUUGCUCAUUUAAUGAAGUUUUUGCAGGCAGAUGUGCCACAGACUUCCCUGGGGACUUUGUCAACUACAACAAGAAAUUCCUGGCUCGUGUGUACCCUAGUCCAAUGCGAAUAGACUCCAGCAAUAUGAAUCCUCAGGACUUCUGGAAGUGUGGCUGCCAGAUAGUGGCCAUGAAUUACCAAACCCCUGGUUUAAUGAUGGACCUGAAUAUCGGCUGGUUCAGACAGAAUGGUAAUUGUGGCUAUGUUCUGCGUCCAGCCAUUAUGAGGGAACAGGUUUCUUAUUUCAGUGCCAAUACUAAAGAUUCAGUGCCCGGUGUGUCUCCCCAGCUCUUGCACAUAAAGAUCAUCAGUGGACAAAAUUUUCCUAAACCUAAGGGCUCAGGUGCCAAAGGGGAUGUUGUGGACCCCUACAUAUAUGUGGAGAUCCACGGCAUUCCUGCAGAUUGCGCUGAGCAAAGGACUAAAACUGUCAAUCAAAACGGGGACAAUCCCCUUUUCGAUGAAAGUUGUGAGUUUCAAAUCAACCUCCCGGAGUUAGCAAUGGUACGCUUUGUGGUGUUGGAUGAUGACUACAUUGGGGAUGAGUUUAUUGGCCAGUACACAAUUCCGUUUGAAUGCCUGCAGCCAGGCUUUCGCCAUAUUCCACUUCAGUCACUCACUGGAGAAGUCCUUCCUCAUACCUGGCUGUUUGUGCAUGUGGCCAUAACCAACCGCCGAGGUGGGGGCAAACCCCACAAGAGGGGUCUAUCUGUAAGAAAGGGUAAAAGGAGCCGUGAGUAUGCCACCAUGAGGAUACUGCUCAUAAAGAAUGUGGAUGAUGUCUUCAAGACUGCUACACUGCCACUAAGAGAAGCCACAGACCUCAGAGAAAAUGUGCAGAAUGCAAUAGUGUCCUUCAAAGAGCUAUGUGGUCUGUCGGCGGUGGCGAACCUGAAGCAGUGCAUACUGGCUCUGUCGUCUCGUCUGACAGGGCCAGACAACAGUCCUGUCCUGCUGUUUAACCUGAAAGACCAGUACCCCUCCAUGGAGCCCCAAGGUGUCCUCCCAGAGGUGCUGAAGAAAGUUAUCAUGGCCUAUGACACGAUGAUCCAGACCAGUAAAACACUAUUGGAAAAUUCUGAGGGGGUCUACGAGAGGAUACUUCAAACUCAGAAAGCAGCCAUGGAGUUCCAUGAGAACCUACAUGACCUGGCCCUGAAGGAGGGCCUAAAAGGCCGUAAGCUGCACAAGUCUGUGGAGAGCUUCACCUGGAACAUCACCAUCCUUAAGGGCCAGGCUGACCUCCUGAAACACGCUCGCAGUGAAGUGCUGGAGAACCUUAAGCAGAUCCAUUACGCCGCUCUCACCUGCCAGCUCGCCAAGGGCGGCGGCAUGGGGGGGGGCUCCAGCAGAGGAUCCGAAAGCCGCGUUCGCCGCAGCCUUCAGGUCAUCCCCGAGAAGGAGCAGAGCCAAGAAAACAUCACGGACGAGGAGAACUGACCGCGACGAAGCGAAAGAGAAAGGGGAGAAAAAGAGAAGCGCGGGAAGAGAGCGACGUCUGCUCCUCCGUCCUCUGAUCCAUCAGUGUCUGCCCCCCACCCCGUUCUUCCCACCCGCCCACUCCUCGCUUAAGCCCCUCGGAGAAGCCGAUUCCCGGUUAGGUGGGAGUGCCGCUGGCCAGCGGCAGGAUCGGUCACAGAGUGACGGUGUCCGUGGCGCGUUAAAGCAGAGCCCUCAUGAAAAGAAGCUCAGCAGCCCUCCACGCCAUGAUUUCAUGGGAGAGGGGGGGAAAGAAGCACAAAACAGAGUGAUUUUAUAUAUGGGAGAGGUUGCAAACAGGAACAGUGAAUGUACCAGGAAGCUGAGUGAGAACAGAGCUGUUUACAAAUUAAAUGAUGAACCAUGUUCUUUCUGCCAAAAUAAUCUGCGAGUUUGGGUGUGUAUAUAGAUGCGUGCGUGCGUGAGUUUGUGUGGGUGUUUGUGUGUAUGCGUCUGUGCAUGUACAUAAAAUGUAUAUGUAAAUGGAGAUACAUGUUACCUUUUUUGGAAAUGUGCAUCAUUUUAUUGGGUAAGAUUUUAUUUUGAUAAAAGAGAGAUCGUUAUCCUAUAAAAAUGGAUUUAUUGUUUGUCUGUACAGAAGGGCUAAGGGGGGAGGGGGACGGACAUUUUUAAUGAAGUUUAUUCCGUUAAGUGAUCCUUGACCUGUGAUGGUAUUGAGAGGGGCUCUGUUCAGCUGUGGAAACAUAUAUUUGAGAAUUACGGGGGUCAAGGAUGGCAGAGUUUCUAGACCCCAACCAGCAGCCAUUGUGAAAAAGGGCAGAGGCUGUGGCUUGCUUCAAAGCAUUGUUCUCUAAUUUGCUGUUGGUCCUUGAAGAUUAAAAGAUUAAAAGUGA